GACAAAGUUUCACAAUCUGCUUAAUCAUGCAUCCACCUCUUAUUCUAAUCCAUUGGAUCUUGGAACAAAAAACACAGUCAUACUCCACACCCCAGCAGGGAAACGGAUGGAAAAUAUUGAUGUGUGUCUUUCUGAACAACUAAAAACCUUGCAAGCUUAUGCAGGAGAUGUGAUUUUAGAACAACCAAAAGAGAACAUUUGUGUGAUAGAGUCUUUGCAUUGUAUAAAGAAGAAAUCAGAUGAAGAUUUAAUCCAGAGAAAACCAAAGGAGGAAGAUAAACAGAAUGGUAUAAAAGAAAUGUUAGAUAAUGGUUGCUGUGCAGUUGAGGAUAUAACUGAAGAUAAAAGUGAAAUGUUGGAGAAAAAUUACUGGAAUGCUGAUGCUCUGAGAGGAAAUGUGAAUGUUAUACUUUAUAAAAUGGAGGAAGAAGAAUGUAGAAUAUGGAAUGAACAAGAGUACCCUGCAACAUUCACAUUUUGUGAGAAGCUGGGGCAAUCUUCUGCACAAAAACAUUUUCAAAAAAGCAUUGGCACAGAGGACUGUGGUAUUAAGAAAGCAAAGCUAUACAGAAGAACUCUUAGUGAGAGUUUAAUAUUUCUCAGAGGAAAAAUGCCAAAAAUUCAGCGUUCUGUUUCAGAAAGUUGCUCUGAAAACAGACAAGUUACCAAACUUAAAUUGCAAGGACAUUUAGUAAACUGUGAAGGUACUGAAAAUAUGGAGAAGGAAGAAGUGGGAAGUCUGGACCAGGGUAUUGUACCGUAUGUGAACUUAGAAAUGACAAUAUAUAACGGCAGUCAAAAAAAGAAAAAUUGUAUGUCAGGUACGAAGGCAACGGAAGAGGUGGACAAAAAUGUUGAAGCAAACAAUUUGUUUCUCAAAUUCAACAGUCAUUCUGAUACUAAUAUUGAGAAAGAUAUCCACUCAGAAAAUGGAAAAGACGUAGAAUGUCCUAUAUCCCUGGCAAGAAAUGCGGACAGUUCUUUACUAGUGAGUAAGGAGACAACCAUUUGUAACCCAGUGCAUCACAACAGUGUAUCAGAUUUCAGAGCAGACACACCUACUAAUGAUAGUGCUGUGCACACUAAGGAGAUCUCCGGCGAGAGUGUUGUGAUUCCAGUAGGUCACAUUUACCAAGACAGAAAUCAAGAGGUAGAUGAAUCAAAAUACCUUUCAGUGGCAGAUGCAAGGAAAGCCUUUGAGACCUCUACAAAAAGCAAAAGCUUUGAUUUCAAACCCAAAAGAGAAACAAUGAGGCGUGUGGUGCGACAGAGCAAGUUCCGGCAUGUCUUCGGGCAAGCAUUGAAGAAUGACCAAUGCUAUGAUGAUAUUCGGGUCUCCCGGGUCACUUGGGACAGUUCUUUCUGCUCAGUCAACCCAAAGUUUGUUGCUAUAAUCAUUGAAGCUAGUGGCGGUGGAGCAUUUCUGGUGCUACCAUUGCAGAAGACUGGAAGAAUUGACAAGUCCUACCCUACAGUGUGUGGCCACACAGGGCCGGUGCUGGAUAUUGACUGGUGUCCACACAACGACAAUGUUAUUGCCAGUGCCUCAGAAGACUGCACUGUUAUGGUAUGGCAAAUCCCGGACAAUGGCUUAACCCUUCCACUCACAGAGCCUGUAGUAGUACUGGAAGGACACUCCAAGAGGGUUGGCAUAGUCACAUGGCAUCCAACUGCCCGCAAUGUUCUUCUCAGUGCAGGCGGUGAUAAUGUUGUUAUCAUCUGGAAUGUUGGCACGGGAGAAGCCCUUAUCAAUUUGGAAGACAUGCACUCUGACAUGAUCUACAGUGCCUGCUGGAACCACAAUGGGAGCCUCAUCUGCACAGCUUCUAAAGACAAGAAAUUGCGCAUUAUUGACCCACGCAAGCAGGAAAUAGUCUCGGGUGAUAGCAGUAUUAGGUAUUUUGAGAUCACAGACGAGUCUCCAUACGUGCACUACCUCAACACUUUCAUCAGUAAAGAACCGCAGAGAGGGAUGGGGUACAUGCCGAAACGAGGGCUAGAUGUCAACAAGUGUGAAAUUGCAAGGUUCUACAAACUGCACGAGAGGAAAUGUGAACCGAUCAUUAUGACUGUGCCAAGGAAGUCUGAUUUAUUCCAAGAUGAUUUGUACCCUGACACUGCUGGCCCCGAUGCUCCUAUUGAAGCGGAGGAUUGGUUUGAUGGAAAGAAUGCAGACCCCGUCCUAAUAUCUCUAAAAGAUGGUUAUGUGCCAAGCAAGAAUCGAGACCUUAAUGUAGUCAAGAAGAACAUUCUAGGAAGCAAAGCAACAACACAGAAGAAGACUGAGACUGCCAGCACUAACAAGGUUGGAUCAGGAGAAGCAUCUCAUCCUCCAAACGAUGGUAAAAUGGAAGAAGUAAUGAAGGAGCUAAAAUAUAUGAAAGAAACCAUCAAGGCACAAGGAGAACGGAUCUCCAAAUUAGAGGACCUAAUUGCUGGACUCUCCAACAAUGACGAAUGUGAAGAUUGAGCAGACCAAGCCAUUGGCUCAACUGGUGAUGUUUACUGCCAGUUCACAUUCCAACCAUCACCUUUCUUUGAGGCCCAAGCUAUGAUCAGCAUUCCAACAUGGACUCCAACCACGACUCCCAGUUUAACACAGAGACUUUCCAACUAGGCGCCUCCCGCUUUAGAUAUAAUUGUGACACUCUAGGGGGUUCAUUAGUUGCCAGUUACACAACUCCUGGAGUGUCACAAUCCACUACUCUCUUGAUAUCCUGCACCUGAAGUGAUCCUCCUAUUCCAAAAAGGAAAGCAUUUAAAGGAAGUCACUGGUUAAAAUAAACUUUGUUCAUUAUAAGCCAAGAUUUUUACCCUUGUCUUUAAAGUGUUACAUGACAAUAUUUGCCUGGCUUUGAAAUCAGUACAAACUUUGUUUUUUAAUUUCUGGUUCAGAUUUUUUUUUUAUUUUUUUUUUGGUUAGGGGUUGUAAAUGAUGGACCAAUGCCACAAUCUUUAUUUUUUUGCCAAAAGACCUGUACCACGUUCCUUGAGGUUGUAAUAUUGGGACCAUGCAUCUUAUAAUAAUUUUUAUUUUUAAUGUAAAGCAACAAGCACUGUGUUACACUGUCUGGAAUUGCAAGAAAAUUACCCAUAAAAGCUUCAUAAGUUUUAUAUAAA